AUGAACUCCUCAAGAGCAUAUUUACUAGCUGCCUUUCGGCAGCGGACUGCACUGCGGCCAUCAAACAGCUUACUACGUCCAUAUCUCAUGAGUCACUCCAAGGGUUCAACACAUCCGACCUCAUCAAUAUCUCAUCGUUACCACUCUAAUAUGCCCCCAAAAAUAAGCGAAAAUCCAAAGAUAACUUGCCAAUGCGGCACCAUUUCCCUCACAGCCUCGCGCGCUGAACCUCUCAGCAAAUAUGUAUGCCACUGCACGGAAUGCCAGAAGCAAUCGGCUUCCGCAUUUGGUACCUCUGCCAUCUUCCCAUCUGAGGGCAUGUGGCCAUUCCCCAAACAUUUACAGCAACAUAUUGGCAUGUGGGCCAGGCGAGCGGAUUCCGGCAACACAGUAGAGUGUUAUUUCUGCAAAGUGUGUGGCGUUCGUAUCCUGCAUCGGGUAAUCUUCAAGGAUGGUACGCCUAGGCCCUCACUUGCGGUCAAAGGUGGCUGCGUCGAAGGUUUCAAUCUGGAGGGCGCCAGGCAUAUUUAUACAAGGUCGGCUUUGGUGCCUGUGCCGGAGGGCAGUGAGCCAGGAGCACCACGUGUGAAGCCAUGA